CGCUUAGAUACACCAGCCAUAAAGCCCGCAUCGUCCGCAUGGCCCGAUCUAGAUCUACAAACCUGGCAAUGCAGGACAUCAGCCACGUCGUAUUCCAUACGAGUAACACCUAUAGAUACAGGAGUCCGCGCAUGUUCUGUCGACGCAAUCGCAAAAAACGAGGGACACCAAGGGGGGAGGGCCAAUCCGAAGUGGAGGAGGGAGAAAAAAAAGUUGGAGGAGCAAUAUCAGCCUGAUGUGUGGUUGCGGCGCUGGUUCGUAGUGGUAGACUCUUGGCAUUCCCAAACCGGCAAAGCGAAAUUCGAUCGGCCGGUCCAGUGAGCAGCUGCCGCGCACGAAACGAAGUGCGUCCUUGUCCGUCGUCUGGUCGUGGGAUGGCUGUAUCCCCAGGCCAUGCCCAUUCCGCCUUGGCUGGGGAAAUCGGCCGGCGUGGGUGACGCAGUCCCUCCCCGGCUUUUUUCUUGAGUUUGCUCGCGCCCUGCUGGCAGUGGACGCGAGGAGUGAGGUGGCGGGCGGCUGCGGGAGGCCUCCAGAGGAGGGAGGAAAGGGUCCGGGGAGGUCAGCCUCGAUUGGAUGGAUAUGUCCCCAAAUUUCGACCAGCCAAAAAGCCCAUCUGGGGUCCCUUUGGCGUUAUGUUAUUUUUUUUCCUGCAUUUUGUCACACCGCGUCCAUCCAGCCCGGUCGACGGGCAGCAACCAACCUGGCUUCACCAGAGACCACCCAAACCCACACUCAUCCUGGCGUUUGCGCACAUUCCUUCCUCCUGCCCGCAGCUCGCACUGGAACGUGCAAUUUUGGGUUGGUUGGUCCUGUUCUUCUGGACGUAUGCUUUGCACAACCGCUUCCGGAAAACCUACGCUAGGUUGCUUGGUGCCAACUGCCCGCAUUCAGAAUCCUACUUUUGUUUAUCCUCCCCCUCAAGCUUCCCUUUUUCCAUCUGCGUCCUACCUGCCGUUUUCGUUCCAAAAAUUCUCUUUAUUCUCUGUCCCGAGGGCGCACUUUUGCCCUUUUGAGGCAAGCCGACCCCGAGCUCGCGCACACCAGCUCGCGCUCCGACCUGGUUCGACCGACAUCAUAACAUUUGAUCCUCAAUUGCGCUCAAGACGAAGAACAGUAUCAGUGGGCGGCGUGUCGUCGAGAAUUAUAUUUUCCCGCAAUGGCCGAGAAAGGGCCACCCGAUGCCGGAAAUGGCAAUGGGGACGCUUCCACCACAGCGUCCCCCACCAAAGCCAAGGACGAAGAAGCCAAGAAGGACUUCAAGAUCGACCUGGACGAUGCCCUGACCCCAGAUCCCGGCACCGAGGACAUGUUCCUGGUGUCGGACAACCGCUUCGCCUUCACGCCUGGCCAGCUGUCCAAGCUCCUCAAUCCCAAGAACCACAGCGCCUUCUUCGCCUUCGGCGGCCUGUCGGGCCUGGAGAAGGGCCUCCGCACCAAUCGCAAGACCGGCCUGGGUGCCGACGAGACAACUCUCGAUGGUACCGUCAACUUUGACGACGUCGCCGCCAAGGGCACCUCGCGCCUGGGCGCCUCGACCGAGGAUGCCGUUGCCAAGGCGGCGGCGGCGGGCGCUCCCAAGGCGGCGGCGCCCACCACCACCCAGGACGGCGGCUUCGUAGAUCGCAAGCGCGUCUUCAAGGACAACCGCCUGCCGCCGAAGAAGACAAAGUCCAUCUUCCAGAUCGCCUGGGAGACGUACAACGACAAGAUCCUCAUACUGCUCACGGGCGCCGCCAUCGUCUCUCUCGCCCUCGGGUUGUACCAGACGUUCGGCGUCUCGCACGAGGGCGGCGGCGCAAAGGUGGAGUGGGUUGAGGGUGUUGCCAUCAUGGUCGCCAUCCUCAUCGUGGUCCUGGUGGGCACGGUGAAUGAUUGGCAGAUGGAGCGCAGCUUCGCCAAGCUGAACGCCAAGCACGACGACAAGACGGUCAAGGUGAUCCGCUCCGGGAAGAGUCUCGAGCUUUCCGUGCACGAUAUUCUGGUUGGCGAUGUUAUGCAUCUGAGCACUGGCGAUCUCGUCCCCGUUGACGGCAUUUUCAUCGAUGGCCACGGAGUCAAGUGUGACGAAUCCUCCGCCACGGGUGAGUCGGAUCUGCUGAAAAAGACGGGCGCCGACGAAGUCUAUGCCGCGCUCGUCAAGUACCGCGAGGGCAAGUGGGAUUCCACUACCAAGAUCGAGAAGAUGGAUCCCUUCAUCAUCUCUGGCAGCAAGGUCAACGAAGGCACCGGCACUUUCCUGGUCACCUCGGUUGGUGUCAACUCGAGUUACGGCCGCAUCAUGAUGACCAUGCAGACCGACCACGAGGCCACGCCGCUGCAGAGGAAGCUGAACGUCCUGGCCGACAUGAUUGCCUGGGCUGGAGGCAUCUCGGCGGGUAUCCUUUUCCUGGUGCUGUUUAUCAAGUUCUGCGUGGGUCUCCCCAACAACCCGGCCACACCUGAUGAGAAGGGACAGAACUUUCUGAGGCUCUUCAUCACUGCCGUUACCGUUGUCGUCGUUGCUGUCCCCGAGGGCCUGCCGCUUGCCGUCACCCUGGCCUUGGCUUUCGCUACCACUCGCAUGACCAAGGACAACAAUCUCGUCCGUGUCCUGCGGGCCUGUGAGACCAUGGGAAAUGCCACGACGGUGUGCUCCGACAAGACUGGAACCCUGACCCAGAACAAGAUGACCGUCGUUGCCGCCACUCUCGGCAAGUCCAUCAGCUUUGGUGGUACGGAUACGCCCCUGGAGACACCCGAGGAGAAGAAGGCUAGCAACUCGGCCGUCUCGACCGAAAGCCCCAUCAAGAACGUGCCGGUGGAAAACUUUGCCCAAGGUCUGGGCUCGACGAUCAAAGACGUCCUGAUUCAAUCCAAUGCCGUCAACAGCACCGCCUUUGAGGGCGACCAGGACGGAGAGCAUACCUUUAUCGGAUCCAAGACCGAAGUCGCUCUCUUGACUUUCACCCGUGACCAUCUUGGCGCCCCUCCUGUUGCCGAGGUUCGCUCCAGCGCCGAUGUCGUCCAGGUCGUGCCAUUCGAUUCGGCUCUCAAGUAUAUGGCCUCGGUUGUUAAGCUGGCGGACGGAAAGUACCGUGCCUAUGUGAAGGGCGCCAGCGAGAUCCUCCUGAAGAACUGCACCAAGGUCCUCGCCGACCCCGAGUCGGAUGAGCUCCACGCCGUCGAGCUCACAGACGAUAUCCGCGAAACCCUCAACCAGACAAUCACGUCGUACGCCGGCCAGACCCUGCGCACCAUCGGCUCGUCUUACCGCGACUUUGACUCUUGGCCGCCGGCGGAUGCAGUCAGCAAGGAGGACCCCAAGGCGGCCGACUUCCACAAGGUGGACUCGGACAUGACGCUUGUGGGUAUCUUUGGCAUCAAGGAUCCGCUGCGGCCCCAGGUCAAGGGCGCCAUCCAGGACUGCCAGCGCGCGGGCGUCAAGAUCCGUAUGGUUACCGGUGACAACAUCUUGACUGGCAGCGCUAUCGCCAAGGAAUGCGGCAUCUAUAAGCCUGAAAACGGCGGCUUGGCCAUGGAGGGCCCCGAGUUCCGCCGCAAAAGCGAGGCAGAGCUCAAGGAGCUCGUGCCCAAGCUCGAGGUCCUGGCGCGAUCCAGCCCCGAGGACAAACGCAUCCUAGUUAGGACUCUGAAGGAUCUAGGCGAGACGGUCGCCGUUACCGGAGACGGCACCAACGACGCGCCCGCGCUCAAGAUGGCAGAUAUCGGAUUCGCCAUGGGUAUUGCCGGUACUGAAGUUGCCAAGGAGGCCGCUGCCAUUAUUCUCAUGGACGACAACUUUGCCAGUAUCGUCAAGGGAAUGAUGUGGGGACGGGCUGUCAACGAUGCGGUCAAGAAGUUCCUUCAGUUCCAACUCACGGUCAACGUCACUGCCGUGGUUCUUACGUUUAUCUCGUCCGUGGCCAGCGCUACAGAGGAGUCUGUCCUGAACGCCGUUCAGCUCUUGUGGGUCAACCUGAUCAUGGAUACGUUCGCCGCCCUCGCCCUCGCUACCGAUCCGCCGUCUCGCACCGUUCUCGACCGCAAGCCCGACCGCAAAUCGGCAGCCCUAAUCACGAUUGGAAUGGCCAAAAUGAUUAUCGGGCAGGCUAUCUGCCAGCUCGCCAUCACUCUAGUGCUCAACUUUGCAGGCGGUCACCUGCUCGGAUACGACGGCAUGGAGAAUGGCGAAAUAAGGCACAGAACGCUCGUGUUCAACACUUUUGUCUGGCUGCAGAUCUUCAACGAGGUCAACAACAGGCGUCUGGAUAACAAGCUGAAUGUGCUGGAGGGCAUCCACCGCAACUACUGGUUCUUGGGUAUCAACACUAUCAUGAUCGCGGGCCAGGUCCUGAUCAUUUUCGUUGGUGGUGAGGCGUUCAAGAUCACGCCGCUCGAUGGCAAGGAGUGGGGCAUGUCUAUCGGCCUGGGCGCCAUCUCGCUGCCGGUCGGGGCGCUGAUCCGCAAGUUCCCCGACUGGAUCCUGCUCAGGCUGCUGCCCAAGUUUAUCCAGCGGCGCUGGGUGCCCGAGACGCUGCCCGAGGAGGAGCAGGAGGCGCUCCGCAAGGACCUGGAGGCCAAGCGCGAGGCGGCGGCGGACAAGGACAAGGACAGGGGCGACGACGACGAGUCGGCCGAGGACGAUGACUUCCGCAGGCCGCCGCUGCGCGUCAUGACCAGCAUCAGGGGAAACAGGGCGCGUUCGCAUAGCAUCUGGGGCAGCCACCGCGACCCCAAGCAGUACAUGCGCGACAAGAAGGUGGACGCGCACAAGAAGAAGGAAGGGCUCAAGGCCAAGGUGACGCACGACCACCACGGGGAGGCGCGGUCGAGGUCGGAGGAGGAGCUUAGGCCUAGGUCCGCCACGGCCCCUGCCGGUCCGUCCUCUCCGGUGUAGUCGGAGGGGGAGUGGAUGACGUGUGAAGUGUGAUUUCGCGUUGUCUUUUGAUUCGACUGUAGGAUCGGGAAGGAUGGUGCAAGGAAUAACUCUCGCCCCCAAGAUAGUGUUCUCUUCUCGUAUUUUUCUUCUUUUACACUUUUAAUCGCUAGGUUUUAUUUGACGACUCUGACGAAGCCGCGGCUGUUCUUUUUCCUUCCAGGCAACAGGUAGAAACAAAACAAGAUUUUAAGCUCGAUA